AGGUUCCAAAAGUCAUCUUAUGUGCCGCUGCAGGCCUUCCAUUGGACAUACGCAUGACAAAACGGGAAUAUUUAUUUUUUUACACCCUGUGCUCAUCUGAAAUAGGCUAAACAAAAUGGCUCAAAACAUUUUCUUUAUAGAGGCAGUAGUACUUGUCCAGCUUAUUUAUCACCUUUAUCCAAGCGAUGCGUUGAAAGCUUCCUCAGAGAAACACUUUCUCCACUACAAGUUUACAGUCCUGACUAAAGCAGACACAUUCCCAGAGUUCAGUGCUGUGGGUGUGUGUGAUGACAGACAGAUCAAACACUUCAGUGAUGAAGAAAGACUCUGGAUUCUGACUGAAGAUGACUGGACUGAACCUCCAGAUCCACCUGAUUCUAGAGACUGGUUCAUUCAUCAGAUCAGGACUCUGACAAACUGCACAAACUCACAGUGUUCUGAGCUUCAUGUUCUUCAGAGAAUAAUUGGCUGUGAACUGGAGAAACUUCCUGAUGGAACAGUGAAUCUGACUGUCUUUGAUGAAUAUGGAUUUGAUGGAGAGGAUUUUAUAUCCUUUAAUUCUGACACUAUGAAGUGGAUUGAUAAAAACCCCAAAGCCAAAGAAACUAAAGAGAAAUGGGAUCAUCAAACAGGACGUAACAAGUUCCUCAAGUAUUUCCUCAAGAACUGCAUUGACUGGAUCUCAACGUUUAACAACACAAAACAGAGUUCUCCAGAUGUUCACCUCCUUGUGAGGAAAGCUGCUCCUGAUGAUGACAGUAAUCUGGUCCUGACGUGUCUGGCCACUGGUUUCUACCCCAGAGAUGUUCAGAUGAACAUUAGAUUGUACAGAAUUAAUCUUGAGCAUCAAACAUCUUCAGGAAUCAGACCAAAUGAUGAUGAAACCUUUCAGAUGAGAAUCAGUGUGAAGAUCGACUGUAAUUAUAAAGGAUCUUACGACUGUCUGCUCAUUCACAGCAGUCUGACUGAACCAGCUUCAGUGAAAUGGGAUGGAUCAUGUUUUGACUGUGAAACAGAACUCUUCUGGCUUUAUAUAACAUCAGCAGCAGCAGCGUUUCUACUUCUAGUUCUGGUUAUCAUUGGUUGGUGGAUCAAGAAAAAGAAACGGUCAAACGACGAGGACGACGAUUACGAAAUGGUGGAAGUAAAUGAGAUCGUUCCAGUCUUCAAAUACUUACUGGCAUUUUAUUUUUGUGUAUUUAUUGUGGAUAUAAUUAUAACGCCAUAUAAUUAUAUGACAUAUGUAUAUAUAUUAUGUACAUAUAUUGUGUAUGUAAAAUGGUUCUAAAUAAUGCAUAAAUCAUAAAACAUUGAUCGUGCGAUGUUUCUAGGAGAUUGGAAAGGCAUGACCUUUACACUGUAUAAAAACAAACAAAAAAAAACAAAUUUUUCAGAAAAUAAUUGAUUCUUUUACGGUUGUUUUCUUUUAUUUUACAUUGUACCCAAAACUCUGUAAAAUUACAAACAAUAUCUAUAAAUUAACAACUUUGCUGUUAUUUAAGUAUUGUGACAUUAAUGUCAAAUUAAUAUCCUAAAUUAAAUAGACUGAAAACACUGUUAUUUUUCAGGUAUUUCGUGAAUUAUUACGAUCGUCUCUUCUCUGGUUAUUAAUGCACUAUAUCAUCUACUGUAAGUGUCAUUAUUGUGAUUAUGAUUUAACUUUCAGCGAUCAUGAUUAAACUAUACAGGCUGAAUUUAUGUAUCGACCAAGAUCCUUUCAUGUUUUAAAUCCUGUCAGGAGACUUUGUGUGUUUUAAUGGUACGCUUAGUAACAUUUGCUUCAUCAUGCUGUGUCAUGAUUAGCUGAGCUUCAGGAACACUGUAGGGAUGGAGAUUUCCCCUCAUAGUGUUCCUGUACUUUGUCUAAUCAUGAUCAGAUCAUGGGAUUGAUUUCCAUGUAGGGAAAAUGUAUUGAUCAAAUGUACAGGUGACUCUGAAGUGUCUGACAGAUGCAUACUGUAAAUAUGUCUCUUUGAACAACAUGUGUUAAAUGUGCAAUAUUGAGAAAUAAAUGAGUCUUGACUAA